CUGCCGGGCCCCGCCGCGGGCCGGGGGAGCCCCGCGGGGCCGCCGGGCCAUGGCACUGCUGCCCGCACUGCUGCUGCUGCUGCUGCCGCUGGCAGCGCUGGCUGCGGCGCUGGCCGCCGUCUUGCUCGGACUGCCCAGCUACGACAUCCCGCCCGGGGUGAACCAGCCCGCCAAGCUGCGCCUGGUCCUGGCCGUGCUGCUGGGCACGGCGGCCCUGGGAAGGAUUUUGGAGAAGACUGGACUUUGCAGUCAGAUCACUUUUGGCCGCUAUGUGAGGCAGGGACGGAAACUUGGGGAGGACCCAAAGCUCUUCAUCCAGGAUCUGCAGUUUAACAAAGUACCUGUGAGGGUUUAUCAGCCUAAAGCUACCUCUGAUGGGCGAAGGAGAGGCAUCAUCUUCUUUCACGGAGGAGGCUGGGUGUUUGGAAGCCUUGAUACCUAUGAGAAAGUGUGCCGCUACCUCUCCAGGGAAAGCGAAUCAGUCGUUGUGUCUGUUCAGUACCGUCUGGCUCCUGAACACAAGUACCCUGCUGCGUAUGAAGACUGUCUUAAUGCUACCAUACACUUCAUGAGGAAUAUAGAGCACUAUGGCGUGGAUCCUGCCCAUGUUGUUGUCUGUGGGGACAGUGCUGGGGGCAAUCUAGCAGCUGCUGUUAGCCAGACCCUUGCAGGUAGAUCAGACCUCCCCAAACUACGUGCUCAGAUCUUGAUCUACCCAGGCCUUCAGGCACUGGACUUCAAUCUGCCAUCUUACCAUCAAAAUCGAGGAGUCCCUCUCCUCUUCCGAGAACGUGCUGCUUUCUUUGCUUUGCAGUACCUAAAUGGGCAUGCACUGCACAUGCAAGAGGUCUUGGAGGGCUCUCAUAUUCCUCCAGAUAUGAGGCUGAAGUACAGGAAGUGGGUGAGCCCAGAUAACAUCCCAGAGAAAUUUAAGGUGAGAGGUGUGAAGCCACUGAGGUCCACUGAUUUUAUAGCUGAAGUUUAUGAAACAGUGAAAAGGUUCUGUGAGCCCAACCUGUGCCCACUGCUGGCUGAAGAUGCUGUCGUUCACCAGCUGCCCGAGUCUUUCAUCUUGACCUGUGAGUACGAUGUGCUGAGGGAUGAUGGCCUGCUUUACAAGAAGAGACUGGAGGACAAUGGUGUCCGGGUGACCUGGUUCCACCUUGAAGAUGGAUUCCAUGGGAUCAUAAGCCUCUAUGAUUAUUGUGGCUUCUCAUUUCCUUCAGGGAAGAGGGGAUUGGACAGCGUUGUUAACUUCCUAAAAAGCUUAUAGAACAUUCCUUAGAUUCCACGAGUCUGUUCAUGCCUCAACCUAGGAAAAUAUCUUUUUAGGAUAUUUAAUAUCGAGAUGAGUAGUCAGUCAAGGGCAGCCAUUAACAAUGAUAAGCAAGGGUCAUCAGAACCUCAUUCCAGCUGUUAGUUGGAACAUGGAAUGCAAACCUUACACAAGCUUGUACCAUGCUGCAAGCCUUUAUCUUUAGCUAAGUCAAUAAAGAAGAAUGUUACUUUGAACAGA